AUCUCAGUCACUGAGGUAAAUACUCUUUGGAGGUGAAAGAAGAAGAGAAGGAACAGAGUGGUGACAGCCGGAGUCUGAAGUGAGCAGUCAGCUAAUGAUUCAAACGGACCCCGGACAGCUCGGUGGAAACAUUUGUAGUAGCGAUUUAUUCCGUUCACUGGGCGCGUUUCGUGCAUGUGUGUGGGGUCCGGUUGGAAGAUCCAGCGUCAGUUGGUGAGUGGUGGAAAACUGAGUGAACACUGUUGCUUCGGGUUUCGGCUAGGAUAACGUUAACGGUGGACAUCGAGCGAGCCAAAGAAGCUACAUAACCUCAGUGUUUACGGUCCACUCGAGUCGUCCACUUUCGUGGCCGUUUGGGUAUCGGCGACGCGUCAGGUGGCCGGCCACUCCGCCAGGAUGGGUGACAUAAACCCAUCGACAUCUAACGCAUUUCAGUCGGAGGGUUUCAGUCCGCCGUACCGGAAGAGGAGGACCGUGGAGGAUUUCAACAAGUUUUGCACUUUUGUCUUGGCCUAUGCCGGUUACAUCCCAUAUCCACAAGAGGAAUCUCAACUCCGCAGUAGCUCCAGCCCCCCAAACAGUACAGGCAGCACAGCUGACAGUGACGGCUGGACCCCAGGACUUCCAGCCUCUUGCCCCCAGCGGCCCACAAAGGUCCCCCAAGACAGGAACAGGAAGCGCCCACAAGCUGGACUCGCACUGAGCGGUCACACCAGAAGAGACCACACAAUCACCAGCCUACACCCAGAUGACCACGGCAAAGCUGACAAGCUGAAGAAAAAGAAGAGGAGAAAGGAACGGGAUCAUCACUCUUUUGAAGAAAGCAGGGCACAGCAGGCCCACUCAGCACUACCGGAGGCGCAUCCUUCACUGUCCUUCGGUGGCCGAAUGAUCAAAGAGGAGCCUGAAGACGACAUCAGCAUUCCCCUCCAUCCCACAUGCCUGCCGAGCCCUUCCUCCUGCAAAGAGGAGCCCAAGGAGGAGCACCACUCUUGGGAUGGCCGAGACCUGGAGGAGGGAGUGAUCAAGGUACAGAAGGUGGAGGGAUUUGCAGGGAACCGAACCGUGUUCCGCCAGGGAAAGCAAGUCGUGUUUAGGGAUGAAGACGGGUCUGGAGAGGAUGAGGACAUCAUGGUAGAUUCCGAUGAUGACUCGUGGGAUCUGGUGACGUGUUUCUGCAUGAAGCCGUUUGCAGGCAGAGCCAUGAUUGAAUGUAACAAGUGCAACACGUGGAUCCACCUGUCCUGCGCCAAGAUCCGUAAAAGCCAUGUACCAGAGACUUACGUGUGCCAGAGCUGCCGGGACGCCGACGGUACCCCGGACGCCCGCCGCUCCCACCGCUCCCGUGUGGGCUCGCGCAAACACCUGUUAGACUGACGCUGUAGUUUACCACUUUCCCGUUGAACAAACUCGUCCUAAAGUUCAGGUCCUGGACCCGUCGGCCUCUGUCCUCCACAGUCAACCGUAUUUUUAACGACCACUUUGUUCCUACGGUCUGAUCCUUUUCAAAAACUGUCGGCGUGCUGUUACAUGGGGUUUGUCUCCGCUUCCUACAGACUUUGUGCGUUAGGCAAUCACUGAAUAGAUUUCUGUCUGGACAUGAAAUAGCAGCAAAGUGCUACUAUGGAGCUCGUGAACACUGGAAACAUAUGGACUCCCAUGCAGAGAGGAAAGCCUCUCUACUGCCACCCACGCUGGUGCAUGCUGGACUCUGUGGGAAAGAAGAUUUGUCCUUUUUCUUUCUUUUGUCGACCUUUUUGUAAUGAUUCCCCUGACCUUUGACACAGAGAUGAAACCUCAUUUCUUUGGGAGGCCUCUGUUCAUGUUAAACCAUUUGAAACAAGAUGCCUGGUGGGAGUGGCUUCAAACGGGGUAUUAAACAGACGGGUAUUCGACUAGAUCAAUGAUGUAGGAAACGAGUAUCCGAUGUGAUGCCUCAUCUGUUUGGAGACAUUUUUAUUAUUUAAGUCAAAUUUUAAAAAACUUGUUAUUUCUAUAAGUUCAUAGGAACCAGGCCCGACUCGAACAGGAGCUAUCCUGACGGUUUUACCUUUCAUUCGACUAUUUUCAGGUUCUUUCAGACUGUCUUUUUAGCUGCUAUGAAAAUUGUUUAAAACAAUGAAUCAAACGUUGAAGUUUUCUGUUGCCUUUGACAGGAUUUGAGCAGUUUUUGCUCAAAUCCUCACAGUUGGUGUCAAAAUAAUGACCGUUUAUAGAGGAAACCUUUUACCAGAAGAAAGCAUAUCUUUACUGAAGUAGUGGUAGAGAGAUUUAACUGAAACAGUCCAGGUGAAAAUAUGCAUGCCGGUGUGUUUGAGCGUGUUCGCAGCGACGGUUUCUGCUCUUUUGGAGUCAUAAAUAUCUGGAAACUAAAGUAGAAACAGAUGUCAGUCUCAAAGCACCUCAGUUUGAAACAGUGUUAACUUCCACACAGUUAAUGUUUUUAAAGAAACGUUUUAUUGCUGUGUCUUCUUUGUUUUGUGUCAAAGAUUUGAAGCUUUAUCAUACAUGUGCCACCUGCUGCUGGGCCUGUCGGUAAAGUUUCUGAUUUAAAUGAAAGCCAUACUGUAAAGGGACAGAUUUUUGGUGCAAACAACCCCCAGGUGAUGGUCCAGAAUCCAUGACUUUACCAGGAAACAUCUGACACAUGGAAUGGAGUUUGUAGAAAAAAGCUUCCAGAGUUUUGUAGUUUUUCUUGUUCUCUGGUUUUUACCAACCUUCGUUUACGAGUUUGAACCAGCAGUCACUGAGAUGGGAAGACUUCUCAGAGGUUACAGUUUUUUUUGGCUGAAGGCAGACUAGAAAAUCUACGUUUUGGUUUGUGUCCUGAAGCCGGGAGCAUUCUUACCGAUGGUUAUUGGGAUGGUUUAUUCCACUUCUGGAUCCCCUUGCUGAGGAAGCCUCAUCUGUACUGUGUUGCAAACUGUUUCUGUGAAACUAUUGUACAGUAUUGUAAAUAAAGAGUUACCAUUUUACCUUGA